AUGUCGACCACAGCUAACCUACCGUACACUGAGAUCCCUCAGGGCGUAGCAAAUCCAACAACUACAGUCAUUAAAUACGAUGGAAACCUUGUUGGGACAGCAACGGUGCAACCAGCAUCUAAAGGUCUCACAUUACCUCAAGAACCUCCGGCAGAACCUCUUUAUUUGGGAUAUGGAGGUUCAGUAACAUGGAACAAAUAUGUAUUGUCACUCGAGACAGCCAAUCCACCCGCACUAGCACAACUCCUUGUAUACCCAGAUCCGAAGAACGUUGGGGCUACCAACACACCAGAUCCUCAACAGCCGGCACCAACAAACAAUGCCGCAACCCCGAACUCCACACCCACUCCAUCUCAGAGUUCUGGUAGCGUCUUGAAUACCGCAUCUUCUGUCCAGCCGACUGUUACAUCACAGCCUAGCGCAAAGAACAGUUCAGACGGACUUGGUGCAGGAGUUGUCGCUGGGGUAGCUGUAGGGUGCCUUGCCGCCGGCGCUCUCAUCGCGGGUCUAGUUCUCUGGUUCUGCUGGCGCAGAAAGAGGGUGUCAAAAGCUCAAUAUUCGCAAGCGGAUACGUACGCAUCAGCUUCGCAUGAGAAAGGAUUUUCGACAAAUACGAUACCCUUGACCGGGCAACGACAUGCAGCAACUCUUGGACGUGGACUUCCUCAGCCGCUAGAGGAUAAAGCAAUCUCUGGCGAUGUUUCAAAGAUCAGCAACGCUAUUAAGAAUCAUGUCCAAAGCUAUUAUCAUACUAGCCAGGUCAAUCCUGGUCUCAUCGACUAUGAUGACCUUCAGGCACUUGGAUCCAAUUUAUCAAUCUCGGUGGGAACGCUCACUACAUUGUUGGGAAAUGCUGCCACUAGGGAGAUUGCUUUGAGGUUCAUCAUCGCUUGGGUGGUCAUUUCAAAGGUCCAGCCUUCCAAAGACCCUUCAAAGACCCUUCUGCCAUCUGAAGUCGCCGAUUGUUACCAAGCAAUUUCAGCCGGAGAUCGCAGUUUUCAAGAUCAAGCGUCGUUGACGGCACGCUGGCGGGUAAUGACUGCGGAGUUGAUGCAGUCCAGCUACGUUCGCAAUCCCUUCAGUCCUUCCGACAGUCGACAUGCAAGUAUACAAGCAACUCUUGCGACAUUGGAUAAUGUACUGCAGCCAUACGCCGACACUCGUAUGAACAAUGGAGAGCGUAAGCGAAAUCUCGAAGAACUUCUGAAACGGGCUGCACUUUUUGCCUUCACGCUGUUCUCUCAGCCCAGCGCAUGGGAAUUCGAGUGGCAAGAUGAACAAGGUGUCACUUCAGGGGAGUUAUGCAUUUUCCCCGCUCUUGUGCAAGUGGCAGACGAGACCGGCCAAUCAGUCAACCCGCCACGACCGUUCAGCGAGGCUGUAGUCAGACGGUUGGAUGCUUGA